ACACACGCACACACGCGCGCGCGCGCGCAGGGCCGAGCCGAGGGCAGCUCGCCGACAGCUCGCACUCGGAGGCUGCCUGCUCCAGUCUCGUAGCGCAGAUGGCAUCUCCCGGCUCCGGCUUUUGGUCCUUUGGGUCUGAAGAUGGCUCCGGGGAUCCCGAGAACCCUGGCACAGCGAGAGCCUGGUGUCAGGUGGCCCAGAAGUUCACCGGCGGCAUCGGAAACAAGCUAUGCGCCCUGCUCUACGGAGACGCCGAGAAGGCGGCGGAGAGCGGCGGGAGCGAGCCCCCGCGGGCCACCUCCCGGAAGGCCGCCUGCUCCUGCAACCAGAAGCCCUGCAGCUGCUCCAAAGCCGAUGUCAACUAUGCGUUUCUACACGCAACAGACUUGCUGCCAGCUUGUGACGGAGAAAGACCCACUUUGGCGUUUCUGCAAGAUGUUAUGGACAUUUUGCUUCAGUAUGUGGUGAAAAGUUUCGAUAGAUCAACCAAAGUGAUUGACUUCCAUUACCCUAAUGAGCUCCUUCAAGAGUAUAAUUGGGAAUUGGCAGACCAACCACAAAAUCUGGAGGAAAUUUUGAUGCAUUGCCAAACAACUUUAAAAUAUGCAAUUAAAACAGGGCAUCCUAGAUAUUUCAAUCAACUUUCCACUGGACUGGAUAUGGUUGGAUUAGCAGCAGACUGGCUGACAUCAACAGCAAACACCAACAUGUUCACCUAUGAAAUUGCUCCAGUAUUCGUGCUUUUGGAAUAUGUCACAUUAAAGAAAAUGAGAGAAAUCAUUGGCUGGCCAGGAGGCUCUGGCGAUGGAAUAUUUUCUCCUGGUGGCGCCAUAUCUAACAUGUAUGCCAUGCUGAUUGCACGCUUUAAGAUGUUCCCAGAAGUCAAGGAGAAAGGAAUGGCCGCUGUUCCCAGGCUCAUUGCCUUCACGUCUGAGCAUAGUCAUUUUUCUCUCAAGAAGGGAGCUGCAGCCUUGGGGAUUGGAACAGACAGCGUAAUUCUGAUUAGAUGUGAUGAGAGGGGGAAAAUGAUCCCAUCGGAUCUUGAAAGAAGAAUCCUUGAAGCCAAACAAAAAGGAUUUGUCCCUUUUCUUGUGAGUGCCACGGCUGGGACCACCGUGUAUGGAGCAUUCGAUCCCCUCUUAGCUGUCGCUGACAUUUGCAAAAAGUACAAGAUCUGGAUGCAUGUGGAUGCAGCUUGGGGCGGGGGAUUACUGAUGUCCCGGAAACACAAGUGGAAACUGAGUGGCGUGGAGAGGGCCAACUCUGUGACAUGGAAUCCACACAAGAUGAUGGGUGUCCCUUUGCAGUGCUCUGCUCUCCUGGUUAGAGAAGAGGGAUUGAUGCAGAGUUGCAACCAGAUGCAUGCCUCCUACCUCUUUCAGCAAGAUAAACACUAUGACCUGUCCUAUGACACUGGAGACAAGGCCUUGCAGUGCGGACGCCACGUGGAUGUUUUUAAGUUAUGGCUCAUGUGGAGGGCAAAGGGAACAACUGGGUUUGAAGCACAUAUUGAUAAGUGUUUGGAGUUGGCGGAGUAUUUAUACAAUAUCAUAAAAAACCGAGAAGGAUAUGAAAUGGUGUUUGACGGAAAGCCUCAGCACACCAAUGUCUGCUUCUGGUAUGUACCUCCGAGUCUGCGUGUUCUAGAAGACAAUGAAGAGAGAAUGAGCCGCCUCUCAAAGGUGGCCCCGGUGAUUAAAGCCAGAAUGAUGGAGUAUGGGACCACAAUGGUCAGCUACCAGCCCUUGGGAGACAAGGUCAAUUUCUUCCGCAUGGUCAUCUCAAAUCCCGCAGCAACUCACCAAGACAUUGACUUCCUGAUUGAAGAAAUAGAACGCCUUGGACAAGAUUUAUAAUAACCUAGCUCACUAAGUUGCUUCAAUUCUCUAAGUAGACAAUUAAGUUGUCACAAACUGUGUGAAUGUAUUUGUAGUUUGUUCCAAAGUAAAUCUAUUUCUAUAUUGUGGUGUCAAAGUAGGAGAUAGUUUAAAAAUCAGAAAAACAUUGCUCCUUUUAAAGAUCCUUUCUUAAGUUUAGAAUACCUCUCUAAUAAUUAGUGACAAAAGGCUGUGUUCUAAUCAGUAAGGAAAAGCUUAAAUUGUUAUAAAUACUUCCCUUACUUUUAAUAUAGUGUGCAAAUCAAACUUUAUUUUCACUUCAGAAUAGUAGGAUUGAAUAGUGCCAAAUUGCCCCUGAAUCGUAAGAGGUUCUUUGGGGUGCAGUGAAAAGGAUAAAGUAAAUAUAAAAUGUGUGUUGACAAUAAAAACUCUUGCCUUUUUCAUAGUAUUAGAAGAAAAAUUUCUAAUUUACCUAUAGCAACAUUUCAAAUGUAUUUAAAUACAUAUAAUUUUACAAAGGAAAAUAUAUAUAUUAAAAAGAAAUCCUAUUUUGUAACAUAUAGAUUUUUAUUUUAUAUGGGUUAUACAAACUGCAGGGGCAGAUAUAAAAAUUAAGCCAGAUUUUUUUUUUCUCUUUCUUUUAAUGGAGGCACAAUGAGACACUUAGAAAAGUUAUUUUGAAACAUAGGCCCAUGAAAUUCUUCAAAAGGUAUGAUGCCUUCUUUCUAUUCGUGUUAUGGUUUAUCGCACCUCUAAAGUCAAUAUUGCAAAAUAAACACAAAAGAAUACUGCAGGUUCUUUAAAAUGAUUGAUCAGAUCAACAAUAAGAUUCUCUUCUCGUUUAAGUUUUCCUCCCAGUUGACCCUUAGCAGACCCUCUCAGUAAGCGUGACAAGCCAGGCUGCAUCUGAGACUAAGUUAGGGUGAUUGCCUCUAUUCUGCUUACCCCACUUCAGCCUGUUUUGAACAGAAGGUUGAUGCUGGGUCUUGAGACAUCUUCCCAAACAGUAUUCUUUUAUUAGGUCGUUUGAAUUAAUUAGAGAAAAAUAGAAAUAAAAUCUAAUCAGCCAGAGCAAUGAGGAACAAAGCACACUCUAGAAUGUGGUGAGCCCAGGAAAUUAAACUUGGCCUUGGGAGAAGAGAUCUCUGUGUGAGAAUCAUGACCUCAUCCCAGAUGCCAUAUUGCCACUGUCCAGGAAGAAGUCGUUUACCUGCUGGAUAAUUGCUUAUUCCCAUUCCCUCCCUAUUCCUACCCACAAAAGUCUCUCCUGCUAGGCUCCCCAUCACUGGGAUCCCCGAUAAUUAAUUUCUGCUCCACGGGUGGUUGUUUUCCUCUCAGGAAAUGAACUCCUCACCUGGGAUUUUGAGACGGCAUCUUAAGACCUUCUUUUAUCUGUCUCCCAUCAAGAUCCCAAGUGCCCAGAGUACACAGAGAUCAUAAGAUCCUUAGAAUUCAAAAUAAUAUUUUAAAAUCAUCCUUCUGCCCUUGCAAACCUGAUGGAGAGACAGGAGCCAAAAGGAGCUCCCACAGAUAUCUAUGCAGCCACAGACUGUCAGAUUCCAAGUGCUAGUGGGAGGACCACUGACGCACAUAUGCAGGCUGCAGGUGCACGGUUAGGAACAUUUGUCCUUUCUGUAUGGACCAGUCAGAUCAAUAGUCAGAAAAUCUACAGGUAUACGAGGGGAGAAAGAGGACCCUGUCCUUCAACAGAUAGAAAUGCUCUGUAAUAUAAACACAGGAUCCAACUGUCUGAAAUCUGCAUGUGCUUUCCCCUACAUUCUUUCUCCCAAGUUCUGUAUGAAAACAUUGGUAUUUGAGAUGAGCAUGGCUUUGGGCCCUUUCUGUCUAGGAAGCAAAGGGAUUCUCUCUGACUAUUAGAAGAAACUCUUUAUCUGUGCCCCAGAAUUUCAUGAAGGAAUAAACCUCCCAUUCUAGGCUGUGUCUAAUGGCCAAGCAUCUCUCUCCUUUCUAGAAACUGGCUGUUGAGAAUAAGCAAACAGCCGACCACCUAUCUUGAGCCUCAGGCCACAGGAUCCCACCUCAAAGGCAGAGACACUGAUUAUCAAACCUGCUGUCCUGCCUGGAAAAGACAGCAGAGGCCAGUGCCCUGAUCUGGACAGACCCCCUGAGCUCCAGGAUGCUUAUACCUAGGGGUACAGAUCCUCUAUCAGAAGCGACUGCUUUUUAACUUGAUGGUAUGACAGAAUUUAAAAGGAAGAGCAUUUGUGCCUAUGUUUGAAAUUCCAGCAAAAUAGUUUUUACCAAUAGGUUGUUUCCCCAACCCCCUGUCCUUCCAGAUCGUUCCCCAAAUUGGCUAGAAGGCUCGCUCAAUCCCAUGUGGUGAAAUCCCUUCCAACCAUAACCAGGGAAGAAGGUAAAUAAAAGCCUAAUAGGCGCCAAUAGUUUAAUAAAAUAAUUUUUAAAGUAGGUCUGUAAUCCACUCUGGAGGGAAGGAGGAAAGAAGGAAGGAACGAACGGAAAAAGGAAAGGAGGAAAGAAGGAAUUGUUCGACAUUAGCCCAAAUUCCCAGUGCCAAAGGCCUUGAUGCGAGACCACUCUUGACCAAUUUUAGAAAAGUUUGGUUUUAGCUUUAGUCAGAAUUGACAUGGCCAUUUUCAUUUAUACAGCAAUAUUGUGUUUAUUAUUUUAAAAUACUUGAAAAAAAAGUGUGGUAUGUCUUUAUCUGAGACACUGAAGUGGUAUUGACUUCACAUGCUGUCACAAGGAUGUGAGGAAAGAGAAUGAAAUCCGUUGUGUGUGUAACUGUGUUGCCUUUAUUAUACUGGGAGUACUGUCUUGUCACCUCAGGCUGGGGUUGUGCACUUUAGAUCUGAACUGUACAGUGUUGCAAAUCCACAUGUGUUGCUGUAAAAGCUUGUACAAUAUUUUAUUGAUAUGUCUCUUUCUGUGUGGUAGCUGUAUUGAUAUUAUGAGAACUGCAUUUGCAUCUGUUCCUGUACUCGCUCUCUCUCCCUCUCUCUGCUAAACUGUACGCCCUCCACAUCAGCUCUAAUAGAGAACAUGCCCUCGGUUCAGCUUUCUACUGAGACGUCUCCUUGGAGAAUUGUGUGAUUUCACAAAAUGCAAGGUGAAGGCUCAUUCGUCUCUGGGAAUAGAAGAAACUAAUUAGGGAACAUCACAAAAUGCCAGAAUUACAGAUAUGGACCCUGCUGGGGUUCAGAGCAGGUUCAACUCCUCAGAAUAUGGCCAAAGAAGGCACAGGUGUACAUAUAGAGGCAGGACAAGGAAUCAGGCGACCUAACAGUGGGUACCACCUUGCACGUGCUCUCCUGUUUUCCAAUGCUAAGUAUCAACACUGUGUAUUUAUUAGUUAACGUGUGCCAAAAUACUGUUCCCAAUUGGUGUUUCUGAAAGACGUCGACAUCUCCCCAACAUUACUCCAUGACUAAAGACAGAAAAAAAUAAAAAAUAGAAAUAUGUGGCAACCUGUUCUUACCAAAUAUAAACUUGUGUAUCAUCAAAGUAUUUUAUCUGUGUUGUCUCUCUAAACCCAAAUAAAUGUAUCAAUGUGAACACA